AUGAAUCAGCUCAAAGAAAGUGACCUUUCUUCUGACAAGCAACCCAAGAGUGUCAAAUGGGGCGAUCUUCCCCCCGAUAAGCUGCCAAAGAGCGUCAAAAUCCGCCAAACGUGCAACGCCUGCCAGCAAGCCAAGAUCAAAUGCAGCCACGAGAGACCGUCUUGUAAACGAUGCCAGAAGCAUAACAUCGAAUGUGUUUACAGCAUCUCUCGCCGUCUAGGAAGACCCGCCAAAAAGAGAGAUCCGCAUCUCGAGUCUGGCCACAAUGAUGGCGGAGUGAGUAAGAAGGUUCGGAACCAGAAAAAGAAAAAGGUCAAGGAAGAGCCAAUGCCAGACUUCGGAGCAAAUGAUGGGUCUGUGGACGGCGAGGACAAGCCUCUCUUCGACAAGCUUCCGUUUGAGCAUGGCCAUAUCGACGAGAUGUCGGUCGAAGCGGCGAGUUUACCGACCCCGUCCUUCAUGGACAUCGUCACAGCACCGCCUUUCUCAGUGGCUUCAGAUUUUGAUAUGGCCUCGGACAGCUGGCUGCACGAGUUUAUGUCCAACCCUUUCACGGAUCCGGGUCAGGAUUGCGGGUUUAUGGACCAGAUUGACAACGAUGGCAAAGGGGAUGACAGAAUGUCGAUGGACUUGGAUAGUCUUCCAGUCACGUCGGAAGGAUUCUCGGACUCAACUUCCGAAGCACUGGACGCGCCGUCGACCUCGAGUUGUUAUUCUGGCGUCAAUGACUGCCUAGCUCAUGGCACUUCUCUUUCCAGUAGCGGUCAGCCAUGCUUCCAGGGCAACUCAGUCUACCCUGAACAACUGAAACAGGAGGCAUUCCCUUGGUCGCAGCCACUCCCACCUCUAGGAGGGGAUUUUGGGGAGCCGUCGGGCUUCUUCACUCCGGUCGGCGCGAAGCGGCCGCACGACUACAGCUUUCCGGAAGAAGACUUCAAAGCGAACAUCAACGGCUUUUCGAGUAGUAUUUUCCCGUGCCAGAAUCACGAGCAAGUGGUUCGGGACCUUAUCCGACUAAAUGCAUGCGCCAUACAAUCCGGUCCCACAGUUGCCAUUGACACGAUUCUGACGCGGCAGCGAAUGCUGCAGCAGUUGAUUGAUACAAUCCUGCAGUGUCGCGGCUGUUCGCGAAUAAGAGUGGACUUCCUCAUGAUUGUCAUCCUCAGCAUCGAUAGCGUAAUCACUGCGCUAGACACCAUAACCUCCGCCGAGAAUGAUGUAGUAGAGAGAUUUUUCCCCGACUAUUUCGGUGCUCUGGCCCAGGAGUAUAGGCCUGACGCUGGGCUAGCAACACGGUCACGAAGAGAAGUGCGUGUUCGUGAAGCGGGUACUAAAGCGGCGCCUGGAGGGCUUGCAGAGGACAGUCCGACGGAUCCUUGCCUACACGCAGGAGUUUCUAACACCGUCGAGGGGCCGGGUGAUGAUGAUGAAGGAGACGUAUCAGAGACUGCGACUGAUCAUGAUGAAGCUGGACAUGUUGACUAG